AUGCCGUGCUGUCUUGAAAGUUGGUUCGGCUUCUGAGGGUUCAACGUCAACGUUUGGCAGCAGCCUUGACAGUGCAUUCCCAGACCUGACUAUAGCUAAGAUUUAUCCAUGCACAACGUCUGUUUACUAUACAAUAUUUCUUGGUAGCUAUUUUCUGCCGGAUAGGACAAUUAUUCUCAGGCAAGCGGCACAAGAUGGGACGACUUUGCAUAAAUACUUCGAAUAUCCACUCCUCUUUUCAUAUAUGCGUCAUUUCCGAAUCGAAGCCAUGCAAUUAAUCCAACUAUCAUGCCCACUCUCCCUUCCACUCUCUGACGAGCCUGUUAUCUGCCGUACUCCGCCUGACAAUAUGGGGCGUCAGCAUGAUGAGUUCAUCACGCGCUCAUGUUCCAGAUGCUCUUGUUCACUUCGCCUGGAUAUCUCCAUGUCAUCACAUGCUCUGAGUCGAAGCAUCUUCGAUCUCAUGUGGAGGUUAGUUUAUAAUUGUAUGGUGCCUCGUCUUGCCCUUUUAUCUAUACUCGUAGCCUUCGCGGUGGACGCCCUAGGGCAAUCGCAAUGGUGCGGCAAGAACUAUAUGGCUUCGCAGCCCGUAGUGCCUCCGGGAGGAGAGUUUCCCAUACCAGGGACAUCUUCAACACCCUUGAUCGCAUUUCGAUGUGCGCCUGCUAUCAAACCUUACCUACCUGAGGAUGUUUCUAGUCCCGCAGGAUUCAUUAUCGACACCAUAAUCACACACACUCGGGUCGCUGGCGCUAAAGCUAUUUCCCUUCCUACUCAAGGAGCUUUGGGUUCCCUGGAUGUAAUAGUCAAAAUGAACGGCCAGACGCUUGCCCAGGGUCGUGUUCCUGCAAACUUGACAAAGUUCGAAUUGCCAUUCUCUUUGGCUUCCCUUAGUCCGCAAAAGGAUGACUUCGAUGUGUCAUGCUCCGCAUCGUAUUCUACUGCAUCAGGAGAAACUCAAACAUUCUCGGCGUCAACUAAACUGUCUUUCCUUCCUCCACCGCCCGCGGGUCGCUCUGUUACGAAGAUGGACCUGAGAACAGGUGCACUAUUGGCGAAACCAGCGACUGGAAAGGGAGGCGAAUACGCAACCGUUUUUCCGAUAGGUUUCUACACCGACUUUGGAGGUUACUUAGCUUCGAAUCUCUCUGUACUCGACGAUUUGAAGGAUAGAGGGUUUACUAUCGUUCAUCCGGUACCCACUUUCGACAACCUGACUGCCCUGGAUCUGGUUAUUGACCGUAUGCAAGAACUGGGCUUAUGGCUCAUGUAUGACAUGCGUUGGACAUAUCUGCUCUCGAACAACGUGACGGAGGAAGUCAAUCGCAUUAAGAACCGCCCAAACCUUCUACUGUGGUACACUGGAGAUGAACCCGAUGGCUGGCAGGAUCCUCUCAAUGGCACGUCAGUUGCAUAUGACCUGAUAUACUCGCUCGACGGCUAUCACCCUGUCUCGCUCGUGCUCAACUGCGAGAAUUACCACUUCGAUGCCUACACCGCUGGAUCGGACAUAGUCAUGCAGGACACGUAUAUGAUUGGUAACAAUGUUACCUUCUCCAGUGUAUGGGGGACACCAUGCACUGCAGAUUUCGGCGAUUGUGGUUGCGACAAUUGCAGGGGUGGAUCUGAAGACAUAAGCACCCGUAUGGACGAGUUUGCUGAGCGGCUAUGGAUCCUUGGCUGGGACCAGACGAAGGCUGUUUGGACCGUUCCACAAGCUUUCGGAGGAUCGUCCUAUUGGAAACGCGUCCCAACAGGAAAAGAAUGGGUGGUCCAGAGCGUUUUGGGAAUCAACCAUGGAGGAUUGGGUGUCGUUCCUUGGAAUGAUCCUACCACAGCCGACAUCAAGAACUCUGCCACGUCACUCGCCAAGGCGCUACUCACUAUGAAGGAAUUCAUCCUGAGCCCUGCAGCGACAAUUGGCCAUGCUGUCGUCAAUCGCGUUGACGUCACUUCGUGGACUGUAGGCUCAGAAACACUGGUUCUUGCGACAAACCUGAAUUACAACGAAACGACAGUCCCUUUGUCGGCUUUGCAUGACUUAACGCGUGGUAGUCUAUCUCAACAAGUGUUCGACAGCGGCGCGAAGGUUCAGGGAGAGCAGAUUGUUUUGGAUUCCGUUGGAACCGGAGGUUGGAUUUUUCAUUAGACACUCCUACACCCGCGAUGAGUUAUAAUCUUUGUUCUUGAAAUACAAGCCUCAGGCUCUCUUUUCCUAAUGAUCGAUGAGGUUGAGGUUGGCGCUUCGUAUACUCAAUUCCAGGGGGGUGGGGAGUGUUGACCCUCGUUAGAGCGUAAAUUCCAAUGAUGCCCUGGAAUUCUAUUGCGUUGGAUUUGUCGCUGACUUAAGACUUUUCGAUGUACUCAUAUCGUAUUCGCAUCGACGACAACGCACUAUUUGGAUAAGUGAACGCGCCACAGGCGACCUUUCCUGCACGUCAAGCAUUGGAGGGCUGGGCUCAAAAGGGCAUAGGAAACACCCAAAUGCGUUUUACAUGCCAAGUUUGUGUGAAAUUAUAUCGAGGAAUGUCCCAUUUUGUCAGCUUG